GGGGCGGCGGGGCCGGCGUGGGCGCGGCGCCGCCGCCAUGGCCCUGUCUCCCUACGUGCAGGCCAUGCAGGAGCUGUUCCGCGCCAACACGCGCAGCCGCGAGUUCCCGGCGCACGGCGCCAAGGUGCACUCUGUGGCCUGGAGCUGCUGCGGCCGCCGCCUCGCCUCUGGCUCCUUCGACAAGACCGCCAGCGUCUUCCUGCUCGAGAAGGACCGGCUGGUGAAGGAGAACAACUACCGUGGCCACGGGGACAGCGUGGAUCAGCUGUGCUGGCACCCCAGCAACCCUGACCUCUUUGUCACGGCAUCUGGGGACAAAACCAUCCGCAUCUGGGACGUCCGCACCACCAAGUGCAUCGCCACGGUCAACACCAAAGGGGAGAACAUCAACAUCUGCUGGAGCCCCGACGGACAGACCAUUGCGGUGGGGAACAAGGAUGACGUCGUCACCUUCAUUGACGCCAAGACGCAUCGCUCUAAAGCCGAGGAACAGUUCAAGUUUGAGGUGAAUGAGAUCUCCUGGAACAACGAUAACAACAUGUUCUUCCUCACCAACGGCAACGGCUGCAUCAACAUCCUCAGCUACCCCGAGCUGAAACCCAUCCAGUCCAUCAACGCCCAUCCUUCCAACUGCAUCUGCAUCAAGUUUGACCCCAUGGGCAAGUACUUUGCCACGGGCAGUGCCGACGCCUUGGUCAGCCUCUGGGACGUGGAUGAGCUGGUGUGUGUGAGGUGCUUCUCGAGGCUCGACUGGCCUGUGCGGACGCUGAGCUUCAGCCACGAUGGGAAGAUGCUGGCGUCGGCCUCGGAAGAUCACUUCAUUGACAUUGCAGAGGUGGAGACAGGAGAGAAGCUCUGGGAGGUGCAGUGCGAGUCGCCCACCUUCACAGUGGCCUGGCACCCGAAGCGGCCGCUGCUGGCCUUCGCCUGCGAUGACAAAGAUGGCAAAUACGACAGCAGCCGCGAGGCCGGCACCGUCAAGCUCUUCGGGCUCCCCAACGACUCCUAACGGGAGCUGCCCUGCUCCCGGGGCCGGGACGGUGCUUGGUCGGGGUAGAGGAGGUAGGGAGGUGACUCCCCUCCCUGCCUGCUCAGCCAUGCUGUGGC